AUGAAAAGCAGAGGUGACGGAGGGAGCGUUGCCGCAUUCAAAGAAGAUGUCGCGGUUUCUGUCAAGCGUGCUAAGGACGUUGUUGAAAUCGCCAACCCCUGCUACGGUGUCAAGUGCCCAGACGUGUCCAAGUGCGCAUUGCAGGACGGUGCAGUGGUGUGCAAAUGUCCUGCUCCCUUCAAGCGCCUGAUCAACAAGUGCUCCUCUGAUGAUUAUCCCAACUCCGACUAUCUCGACCCACACAAUGCGGCCAGGGCUGCUGUGGGUGCCGUGCCCCUCGAGUGGGAUGACGCAGGGCUGCUGUGGGCGCCGCGCCCCUUGUGUGAGAUGAUGCAGGCGUGGGCCGACACUCUCCGCGACGACUAUAAUUGCGGGUUGGAGCAUGGUGGCAUGGGGGAGGGCGAGGGGCAGAACCUCUCAGGCGCGGGUCCGGCCGGGUGGGCGUUGAACAGCGAUGCAGUGCAGUGGUGGGUGGGCGAGGGCAAGUGGUACAAGCGCCCACCUGCCAUCUUCCCGGGUGGUUGCAUUGGUGGUGACUGGGGCAGAUGCGGCCACUACACACAGGUGGUCUGGAACAACAGUCGCCAGGUGGGGUGUGCCAAGGCAUCGUGUGGCGAGGACAGCGACGUGUGGGCAUGCAACUAUUACCCCGCGGGCAACUUUGUCGGCGAGCUGCCUUAUGUCCAGGAUCCCUGCUUCCGAGCGCUCUGCCCUUCCACGUCCUCCUGUGCUGCUGUAGAUGGCAAGCCCACCUGCCUGUGUCCACAGGACCAAACCCGCGCAGGGGCGUGGCUCCCUGUCCCCGGGAACGAGGCAGGGCAAGCGCAGAAGGGGAUGCCGUUGCUGUCAGCCCUGCAGCGAGCAGAAGCAGGGCACUUCACUCGCUUGCACGAUGGCGCUGCAGGGGUGGGGUGGGCCCUGCAGCAGGCAGAGGCUGGGCGCUUCACUCCCUUGCACGAUGGCGCUGCAGGGGUGGAGAGGGGUGGAGAGGGGUAG